AUGUCAGGAUCGACUUCAAAACAGACCUCCAGUCCGCAGACAGUUGCUGGUGUUCCGGAUCCUGCUCCUGCUGGACCUGAAGUCCCAACUGACAGCUCCUUUGGUGAGCAAAACCUAAGCUUCACCACCACAGACCUCAACCUGGUGGAAAUGACGGAAAUAGAGUACACCCAACUUCAGCACAUACUCUAUUCACACAUGGAAGCACAAGCAAACGAAGGCGAAAUGGAAGCUAGGCUCAAUUCUGCUUUCUUCUCAGCUAGUAAUCCUGCAGAUCAACCUCAGCACCAGUCCUCAGUGAACACCAAUCAAGCUGGCUAUUCAUCAUACUCUGGGAACCAGUCAGUUUACCCAGUUAUCUGUCAGCCAGGUCUAUCUUCUGACAGCAAUUUAAUGGGUUCAAACCAAUGUCUGGGGCACAUUGACUUUCAAGAGCUCAGAAUGAUGCUACUUAGUGAAUCUAAUCUUCCUUCUAAUGAAGUAGAUAAAACACCUAAUAGCAGCUCUGUAGAAGUCACAGGGCACAGUAUAGUAAGAGUUAAACAUGGUGAAAAUUUUGGUGGGAUAAAUAAAGAAACUGUACUUCUUGAAAAUUCAGCACCAGCUCCUGAGCCUAGAUCUAAAUCUGCAGUUCGUGUUCGUUUGGAAGACAGAUUCAACAGCAUCCAGACAGAAAAUCCCAGAUGUCAAGAGCCACAAGAAUCUGGAGUGACUCUUAACAAUUUAGUAACGCUUAUUCGUCAACCAGCAGAACUAAUGGGUGUGCCUCUUCACCAGCAGCAGAAUAAAUGUACUACAUUAGUGAAAAAUAAGACUGCUGCUGCAGCUACUGCUUUACAGUUCACAUAUCCAUUAUUUACUAUGAAUGCCUGUUCUACUUCUGGAAGUGCUAACCCUUCACAAACACAGAACUCUGGCACAUCAUGUACUAUUCUGGAAGCUGCCAAACAUCAAGAUGUUGGAUUACCUAGAACAUUCUCUUUCUGUUAUCAUCAGGAAAUUGAAUCCACUAAACAAACAGUAGGCACUAGGAAUAAAGCUUUACCUGAACAAGUUUGGAUUAAAGUAGGAGAAGAAGCUUUAUGUAAACAAGCAAUAAACAAAAGAAGUCGCAGCAGAAUACGCCAGUUGGAUGCAAAUGUAGACCGCAAACCUCUUAGUGAAAUUCAAAAUAUAUGUGAUAACCAAAAUACUGCAUCUGCACAAGGUACUUGGCAGUCAACACAGGUAAAUUCAAGUAUGCAGGCACAGAGUGGAACUCAGGGAGGAAUCUCUCAGCGCCGGGAGAGACAUAACCGCAUGGAAAGAGACAGAAGGCGCAGAAUCCGGAUUUGUUGUGAUGAAUUGAAUCUUCUGGUUCCAUUCUGCACUGCUGAUACUGAUAAGGCAACAACAUUACAGUGGACAACAGCAUUUUUGAAAUAUAUUCAGGAAAGGCAUGGGGAUUCCCUGAAAAAGGAAUUUGAGACUGUGUUCUGUGGUAAAACAGGCAGGAGACUAAAACUAACAAGAGCUGACUCAUUAGUAACAUGUCCAAUGCAGGAAAACAUACAGAAUACCAUAACAAUGGAGAUCAAGUAA